AUGAAACUGGAGAGAUGGGUCAAGAACCAAGUGGUUGUGCCCUUGUCCAUUGGCAACUACAAGGAUGAGAUCCUUUGUGACAUUCUACCCAUGGACGCCGGUCACAUCAUCUUAGGACGGCCUUGGCAAUCUGAUAGGCGUGUGAUCCAUGAUGGAUUCACAAACCGCUAUACUCUUCUUCAUGAGGGCCGUAAAACCACUUUGAUUCCUUUGAGUCCACAAGAAGUCUAUGAAGAUCAGUUACAACUCGCUGGAAAGGAAGUUAAGCCACCUAAAUCUCCUAAGCCAAAGAACUUCCUGGUGAAGCCAAAACAGGUUAAACGUUCCUUGAACUUAAACAAACCUUUUCUCUUAUUUAUAUAUAAGGAACACUUGAUUGGCUUGACUCAUACUCCACCGGAGAUUCCGAGUGAACUAGCUCAACUUUUGCAGGAUUUUAGUGAUGUCUUUCCUGAGGAUAGUCCACCAGGCUUGCCUCCUGUCCGAGGUAUUGAGCACCAGAUUGAUUUUGUCCCCGGCUCCACUUUACCAAACAGGCCGGCUUACAGAACCAAUCCGGUUGAGACCAAGGAACUUCAGCGCCAAGUGGAUGAACUCAUGGAGAAAGGCCACAUUAGAGAGAGCAUGAGCCCUGUGCUGUUCCUGUUCUUCUUGUGCCUAAGAAGGAUGGAAGCUGGAGAAUGUGUGUCGACUGCCGCGCCAUCAAUAACAUCACUGUAA